AUGAAUAAAAACAAACAGCACCACGCCAGUGACAUAAGAUACACCCUUUUCUCUGAAGUUGUCAUUGGAGUCUCCGCCAACACCAUGCUUCUUCUCUUCCACAUCCUCACGUUUUUCCUCCAGCACAGACCCAAGCCCUUGGACCUGACCAUUGGUCUCUUGGCCCUCAUCCACCUGGUGAUGCUGCUAAUCAUGGGCUUCCUCAUCACAGACAUUUUAGGGUCUCGGGGUUUCUGGAAUGACGUCAUGUGUAAAUCCGUUUUCUACUUGUACCGAAUCCUGCGGGGUCUCUCCCUGUGCACCACCUGCCUACUGAGUGUCCUCCAGGCCAUCACCCUCAGCCCCAGGAGCUCCUGUCUGGCAAAGUUCAAGCAGAUGCCCUCCCAUCACAGCCUGUGUUCUCUCCUCUUCCUGUGGGUUGUCUACAUCUUAACUAGCAGUCCCCUCAUAAUCACCACCAUUGCCACUCCCAAUCUGACCUCAGACAGUCUAAUCUAUGCCACUGAAUUCUGCUCCGUUAGGCCCAUGAGUUAUAUCUUUAGGCAGAUGUUCUCCAUGCUGGUGACCUUCCGAGAAGUCUUUGUGACAGGGUUCAUGGCUGUCUCAAGUGGGUACAUGGUGACUCUCCUGUGCAGGCACAAGAGGCAGUCCCAGCACCUUCACAGCACCAGGAUUUCUGCAAGAGCCGCCCCGGAGCAAAGGGCCACCUGCACCAUUCUCCUGCUCCUGUGCAUCUUCAUAUUCAUGUCUAUUUUGGACUACAUUGUCUCCUCCUCAAGAGCGAUAUGGAACAAUGACCCAACUCUCCAUUGUGUCCACAUGCUGGUGAUCAACGGCUAUGCUACAGUCAGCCCACUGGUGUUCAUCAGCACUGAAAAACGAAUAUUUACCUUUCUGAAAUCCAUGCGUGGUUACUGUGUGGUUAUUCAGUGA